AUGUUGCUCAAAGGUCAAGCCAAAGGAGGGGGUCUCAACAACCACCCAAAGGGGCACAAGACUAAGAAGUCCGAGGCAACCGCCAAUUUGAAGAUGGAAUCUUUCAAGACCACAUGCAAAGGGAAAAACAAGCGGGCCACCCCGCUCUUUGGGAUUCUUAUCACCGAGUUGUGUACACAGAAUGGUGUUGUGAUUGAUCCGAGUCAGAAGGAAAGAAACGCACCAGGGGAUGUGUUUGGUGAUGAGGAUGCAAUUAGGCAAGUUGAGGAUGAUGCACAUAAUGAAGAACAAACUACAUGGGAACAAGCACCAACUGGGUCAGGGUCUGAUAGGGAUGUAUUACUGGGACUCCAAGUACAAAUGAAUGAGUUUGGGGCAAGAAUGGAUCGCCUCAAGGAUAAUCAACUAGAGAUCCUACGUCUUUUGAGACAAGGACGUGGUGCUGGACCUUCAUCUUCCACAGAGUGA